AUUCAGGAGGCAGUUGGAUUGUAAAUCUCUGUUGUCAAGGAAACCAAUAACAUUCACAUCAAUAUGUUGGGAUCAAACCACAUCGACAGUCACACGUACCACCCUUCCGCGCUAACUCGGUACGUACCUGUGUCCAACCGGAACCGGAAUCUCCCCGUGACGUCAAUCCCACGAGAGCCCAGCCAGCCAGCCAGUCUUUGCGGGGUAUUCCUAUCUAUACGAACUGCGAUCCAUCAAACAAAGCCAGUGUAGGCAUCAUAACCCACUCGACGCCACCGUCCCCACCACCAUCAUCAUCACCACCAAGAUGAACGUCUUCAACGAACAACCCAGCUCCCUCACCCUCAGUACCCCCGAGGGUUCAACCACGGGGACCACCGUCGCCAUCCUCCUCGAAGAACUCCGCCUCCCCUACCACAUCCACUUCCUCCCCCAGCCCACCACCACCACACCCUAUACCUUUCUAGACCGGUUACUUCUCACGGACGUCCAUCGCAACGGCCACACCACCGUCCUCAACGACUUCAGCUCCAUCACAUCCUAUCUCCUCACCCAGUAUGACGAGCACCAUCGCUUCUCUUACCCCGACGGGUCCCCGGAAUCUCUCGCCGUGGGGGACAGAGUACGUCAAUUGCUGGGCCGGAUGGAAGCGAAGGAUUCAGAGGAUGGAAAGCCAUGCACCCCCAUGGUGAGGAUGAUGUUGAGCUUGUAUCUGCAUAUGGAGGAAUAUUUGCAGAAGACGAAACAGAGGUUUUUGGUGGGGGAUAAGUGUACGCUGGCGGAUCUAGUGCAUUUCCCGUUUGUCGCGGCGGCGGGUGUGCAUGGCUUGGAUUUGGAGCGGUUCCCUGAGUUGACUUCCUGGUAUGAUCGGUUGGCGAGGCAGGGGGCCGUGAGGAAGGGGAUGGAGGCUAUUGGGUUUCGGGUGGAGGAUAAGUAG